UACAGCAAGGCGCAACUGACGUGUUUUUAAAAGCAAGUAGGUUUUAUUCCGCCUUUUGUCUUCUGUCAUUUUUCGUUUACCAACGCGCAUGCAUCCUUGCCAGCAGCCGAACUGGAUCAAUGAAUGAUCGGGCGGUGGAAGCACCGCAUGUGUUAUGAGAGACAGAGAUAGAGAGAGAGAGAAACUGGGAUCUAUUCCGUGCGUUAUGGACUGACGGCAGACGCUCUAGCAUUCAGGAAACUGUGGUGCUCCGUAAUGGGAGGGAUGCAAGACACAUGCUCACCUCCGCCUCUUCGGAAAGUGUCGGCGUGUCUCAACGGAUUAAGCGUGACAGUGAUGCCGCCGAUUGUUACCGAACGACAGAAGAUUUUGUUGAGAACUUCUUGGAGGGCUGCCGAAAUGGAUAUAACGAAAGUUGGAAUAUUUACUUUUAUAGGGUUAUUCGAGGCGAACCCUGAAUUCCAGGAGUCGUUCAUACUGUUCCGGGGACUGACCCACAAGGAGAUGAAGUACAGUGUUGUGUUGAAGGACCACGCCCUGCGAGUAAUGGGCAUUGUAGAGAAGUGUAUCAACAGACUAGACGACGUGGAGAAAAUCAAGAACAUAAUGACCAGCCUGGGGAAGAAGCACGCGGGGUACUGUGUGCAGAAACAGUACAUUGACCUGAUGUGUCCACAGUUCAUAUCGUCGUUACAGCAAAUGCAGGGCGAUUGGACGGACGAACACACGGAUGCGUGGAAAGCCUUGUUUGGUCUCAUCACCUACCACAUGAAGAGUACAAUGCCCGAUUAGCAAGGUCAAGGCCAAGGUCACACUGUGUGUAUAUAUAUAUAUACCCGCCAAUGGUUGCCUUUUAAAUGACAACGCUUACAAGCUCUAUGACAGCAAUUCUCUAGAAGAGCUUGCAAACUGUGUAAUGGAAUGAAAUCAGGGAUUUUGAUUCAACUGUGGUCCGAAUUUAUGUCCAGUUCCUGCGCUAUGCAUUCCUAUAGAUGCGUUUGGGGUCUCUUGGUGUGUGCGGGGUUUUUUUUCAGGGUGUGAUUUGUAGCAAAUGAUUGAGAAAUACUGAAAUAAUCUUCAAAGCAUAUCUAUUUACGCUAAAGACUGCCGGGGAGCAUGGUGAUUUUCUGUGACUUAUUUAUUCCUGUUCUUUAAUCCUAUUAAGGUUCAAGCAUGGUAUCCUGAUCACAGACACAUCAGCUAGCAGGAAUAUCGGUGCGGUAGGCAAUUAAUGGUUAGCGAGAGCGACAUCGGUGUAAUGGUCCGACACACACAGAUACACAAAGAUACAUACCAACACAGACAGAGACAUACGAACACAGACACACAUACAAACACACACAGACACACAUAGAAACACACACAAAAACACACACAGAAACACAUACA